UCUUUCACCGGCUGUUGUGGGCUUCUUUGUGAAGGUUGCGUCUGUAGUUUGUGAAAGUGAGUGUUUCAAUAUGGAAGUUCGCAAGACGCCAGCGUUCUUUAUACUCCUGUUGCUGCCUUUGAUUUCCAUCACGACGGAUGUGGACGCCUUCCGAGGGGGAGUCGGGGGUGCCACCGUGCACGGCCGACUAGUGGUCUGUUAUGUGAGCACUUGGUCCGUCUACCGAGUUGGCCGAGGUUCAUGGUCGCUAGAUAACCUCGAUCCAACACUCUGCACACACCUCGUGUAUGCCUUCGCUGGGCUCGACAACAGGACCAACACAAUCCGGAGCCUAGAUGAGUACCAUGACCUUGAGGACAACUAUGGCAAAGGUAACUACAAGAAGAUGACUGCCCUGAAGAACCGUUACCCACAUCUCAAAGUGUCACUGGCUAUAGGCGGCUGGAACGAGGGGUCAACCAACUAUUCUAUCAUGGCUUCAAAUCCCGCCAGCAGACAGACCUUCAUCAGUAGUGUUUCCAACUUCAUCAGAAAAUAUGGUUUUGAUGGCCUGGACUUGGACUGGGAGUACCCAGCAAAGAGGGGUGGGGCCCCUGGAGACAAGGAGAACUUUGUACACCUUGUAAAGGAGUUGCGUGAGGAGUUUGACAAACAUGGCUGGCUACUGACUGCGGCACUGGGUGUGGGACAAGACACGGUCGACGCAGCGUACAACAUACCGGCGCUUAGCCGGUACCUGGAUUAUAUUCAUGCCAUGUGUUAUGACCUUCAUGGCUCCUGGGACAAACGCGUGGGGGCCAAUGCACCCCUGAAAUCCACACAGCCAGAUGACACGCUCACCGUGGAAUAUGCAAUCAAGUACUUGCUGAAGCAGGGAGCCCCGGCCCGGAAACUGGUUAAUGUACCUGCAAGUCCUAAAGGUUUCCCUGGACCUUACACCAAGGAGGAUGGAUUUAUGGGAUAUAAUGAGAUAUGUGUCAAUAUAUCGAACGGUUGGAAGACAUUCUGGGAUGACAACUCCAUGACGCCAUAUGCAGUGCAGGGCAACAAAGUGAUCACGUACGACGACGAGCGCAGUAUCGCAGAGAAGGUCAAGUUUGCCAUAAAACUCGACUUAGCCGGUACAAUGGUCUGGUCAGUUGACACUGAUGACUUCCAUGGAGAUUGCAUCAACAACAGUGGUGGUGGCUCCAGUAACUAUCCGCUCAUGAGGACAAUUAGCAGGACAAUCACCGAGACACUGAAGGAGAAACAGGAGGAGGAGGAGGUUGAUAAGAAGCAGACAGGGCACACCACAGAACAGCCAUCAGCAGCUUGCAGGCAUGAGGCUAUGCUGGCGGUCUUGGUGACCCCCUUCGCUGUUAUUCUGCGUAUGGCUACCGUGUGAGGGUCGUGACAAUGUAACAGAUUUUUGGUGUGACUUGACGAGAAUAGUUUGAAGUAAUGAGGAUAAAAUAAAAAAUAGACUGCAUUUUGUAGAGUCAGCUGGCAGCCAGGGAGACAGAUUUAAUGCAAAAGUACUUUGAGGUACUUAUAUAUUGUAUUGCUUGAAUAUGUUAAAUGUAUUUUAUUUUUUUAUGCAGAGAACAAUUAUGUUGGACAUGGAUUACUGGCUAGGUAUAUUUAAACUUUAUUGGCCUUUUUCUAAACUGUUUAACAGCUUGUCGAUUUUGACGUGCAACGUACGAGGAUGCUGCUAAAAUAUCUUCUCAUUUUGAACCAGUUUGUAAGCAAUUAUGGCACUGGAAUUUUGCCCACUGCUCUAAUUGAAUUGCUGUUGUGCUUUUCUGCUCUAACUUGGAUGUAACACUUAUGAUAGGAGGAAAACUCUUACUGGCAGACGGUCCAGAUCCAUUUGUGAGGUUAUGUCAUUCCCAUAAACGCACAGUUUUGUCAGCUCUCUGAGAUAGGAGUUUCCAGACGUGAGUCAGAUGGAAUACUAAAGAAGUACAAAAAUAAAUAACAUACCUCUUGUAUGUUUGUAUGUGAAGGGGAGGGUGGGGUUUAGAAACUUUCUUGCAGAUUUACGGUUUAAGAGUGGUACACCGUUCUCAAGAGAAUACAGUUUUCUUCUCAUUGUAAUGGCGCAAAUUUUGUAUAAAAAUAAAUUAAAGAGGAGCUUACUUUGGA